CAUAACACCGUUUAUUAACACAGACUACAUAUAUAGCUCCAUGGCUAAAGCUGUCGAUAAAUCCGAAAAUAGUGUUUCGAGCACUUUCGAAUGUAAUAUCUGCCUAGAUACCGUCCAAGAUCCGGUGGUGACACUUUGUGGCCACCUCUACUGCUGGCCAUGCAUUUACAAGUGGAUCCAGUACCAAGAAACUUCAUCCGAAACCUUUGAAAACGAAAACGCAAAGUGCCCCGUAUGCAAAACCGAAAUCGCAGAAAAGGAUAUCAUCCCAUUAUACGGACCAAACCUUGUCACCUCAAAUAAUGGUACCGAUGAAAAAGGUCCUAGUGACGUAGGAGAAAUCAUCCCACCCAGGCCACCUACUCCAAGACAUCGCGGACUAGGAAUGUUAGGUCGUCAUGGAUAUCGACGACUUGCACCAUCACCUCUAGCUUUGCCUGGCCAUGAUGAUACAAGUACUAUGGACAGUGCGGUGGUACCGAGUCCUACAAUUGGGAUGCUUGGAGAAAUGGUCUCUGGGAGGAUCUUAGGCGAGUUGGGAUCCCCUUUAUUUGGUACACCGAAUUCGUAUAAUCUAGUCACGGUUACUAGACGAGAAAGAUUGAGGACAACACAUGCUGACAGAUCUCUUAGCCGAAUAUUUAGUUUUUUCAUUUGUUGUAUAAUGUUUUGCCUUCUCAUGUUUGCUUAA